AGGAAGAAAAAGAAGAAGAAGAAGCAGCAACGGAGUCAUAGUAAAAAGCACAGUUCGAGCGAUUCGGAUGAUGGUGUUGCCGCACUGUUGCUUCCGGAGCUUCCUGUCACUGCUGGAGGUGUGACUGAGCCUACUGGUGGAAAGACUAAUGAGGUGCUGGGAUUUGUUCCAGAGUUGGCUGUUAACUCCCACCUUCCUUCGAAAGCAGCUGAAACAGGUAAGAAAAACAAGAGUGCUGCAAAAGCAAAACACAAAAGUCGAUCUCGGGGUAAAAAGAAGAAAAAGGAAAAGAAACAGACUCGACGACACACUCGCCAUACUGGACAGUGACUCCGAAAGUGAUGAGAGUGGCGACAGAGAUUCGGACACACGAGAGGACGGAGAUGAACGGAAGGGGCGGCGUCGAUCUUCGUCGAUGCCUGAACCACCGCAUAAGAAGCGACGGCGCUCGCCUUCCAGUUCGCCUGAACGGUCGCCAGCUCCAUCCAAGCGUCGACAGAAUCAGCACCCGUCAACUUCAGCCUCAUCCGAUCGACAGGCCCCGUCUGAAGGUGGUGGCAGAUCAGGUUCUGAAGGAGGCAGGGGGACCAACAGAGAGCGACAGAAGAAUGGCAGUGAUGAGGGCAGCAGUCGUAAGAGGGUCAGAGGCGGUGGCUCUCCCAAAGCAGUGGCAGCAGCAGUAGUGGCUGCUGCUGGGGAUGGGGCAGCGUCUGCAAAGCCCAGAGGUGCCACUAGGUGUUCAGAAAAGACGAAGUCUGCCCAUUUUGAAGGUGAGGAAGAUGAAGAAGAGGCCGACGGAGAGGGGGAAGAAGAGGAAGAUGAGCACCACAGACAUUCGAGGAGUCGCAUUGUGGCCGUGCGUAGGAAGAGGAGUGUCAGCAACUCGAGUUCUGGCAGCAGCUCAACAUCUGUCACUUCGAGCAGCAGCCGGAGUAGCAGCAGCAGUAGCAGUAGGAGCAGUUCGAGCAGUAGUGACAGUUCCAGCAGCAAUGGCAGCAGCAGCUCUUCUUCAGACGCUUCGGACAGCAGCAGUUCCAGCAGUAGCAGCACGAGUAGCAGUAGUUCGAGCUCCAGUAGCAGCUCCACCCCCAGCACGAGCAGCUCGAGCAGUUCAGAAGCACGUGCUGGCAGCAGUAGCAGCAGCAGCUGUGACCUGCCUGUGCCGCAUGUCAGCGACAGCGACGAUGGUGACGAGCUGGCGGACCUCACAGGUGACACCCGCCCUGCCCUCUUCCCAUCCGGUUUGGGAGCUGAGGGCGAAGCCGAUGAGGACGAUACAGAAGAUUCUGAAUCUUCAGACGAUGACUAUGAUGAUGAAGAUGAUGAAAACGAUGAUGACAGUGGAAAUGAUGUAGACAAUGAAAACGGCAAUGAAAAUCAAAAUGGUGAAGACAAUCAGAAUGGUGGUGAUGAGGACAGAGAUGGAGAGGAGGACAGUGAUGAGAGUGAAGUGUCGUCAAUUAUGUCACCUAGUCGCAUCAAGAAGGAGGCAGUCUCUGACGAAGAUGAGUCAGAGGUGUGGGACCCGGAAUCCCUGCGCGCGCUGAACGAGGCAUUUGACAGCAAGGAAGGUGUGAAAUUGGUCAUCCUGCAAGAGCUGCCAGAACAUAUCAGAACCAGGAACAGUAAUUUCAAUAAGUCUGCAGAAAGACAGACAUCGAAAGAUGAGGCCUCAGUUGAGCUGAAACUUGAGCCCAUUCUUUGUGCCCCGUCAACUUCAAAAUCGUCUAUGUAUGAGGGUGCUGGACCUUCCAGUAAGCAGACUCCAGGAACGUCAAAGAUAAGUGAGUCGAGUAAUAGUGCACGCACGAGCACAGAAACAGAGAACUUGCCGGGUCCGUCGAAACCUUCUUUAGCAGCUGCUUCUGUAGCUGCCUCUCCCAGCACAGUGUGGCAACAGGCAGGCUCUUCGAAAGUGUGUAAGAAAUCUGAGCUGGUGGCUUCUGACAGUGGUUUGGGACAUGGUAAAAGUUCUGUAGCUAACAAAACAUCAACCAGUGCUAUCCCUCUGAGCCAUAACGCCCCAGCCAAAGCAUCAACCAGUGCUAUCCUUCUGAGCCAUAACCCCCCAGCCAAAGCAUCAACCAGUGCUAUCCCUCUGAGCCAUAACGCCCCAGCCAAAGCAUCAACCAGUGCUAUCCCUCUGAGCCAUAACGCCCCAGCCAAAGCAUCAACCAGUGCUAUCCCUCUGAGCCAUAACGCCCCAGCCAAAGCAUCAACCAGUGCUAUCCCUCUGAGCCAUAACGCCCCAGCCAAAGCAUCAACCAGUGCUAUCCCUCUGAGCCAUAACGCCCCAGCCAAAGCAUCAACCAGUGCUAUCCCUCCGAGCCAUAAUGCCACAGCUGUGGCUGUUGAUCAGGAGAGAGUCUCUCUGUCAGAAAGGAAUGAGUCAGUUCUCUCGCAGACCCAGAAUGGAACAGUAGAUGAUGCAGAAAUUGGAGGCCAAUUGAGGGACACAGUGGUAGGAAUGGAAAAUGAGUGUCCCAUAUCGCAAAGAAGAGCUGCUGAAGACACUUCGGAAGAUGGCACACCUGUAAAAAGUCAUGUGAGAGAAGAAAUUGGUAACAAUGCUGAACUCGAAAAUUCAAUUGUUCAGAACAACCAACUGGAGGCACAACUUGCAGAAGUGCCUCUUCUGGAUAAACAUCCACCACAGACACUAUCCUCCCAGCAAAAGGCCUCUGCUCUUACUCAAAAAGCAAAUGCUUAUCCUGAAAUGUAUGAUAUGUUUGCUGAUGAACCACCAAGUGCAUCAGUGGUUCAGAGUGCAUGUAACAAAGAGAAUAACAAUUUGGAGCAACCAGGUGGAAGUGAGAAACAGGUCCAUAGUUACCAACUGAAUGCACAAACAUCCACUAGUAGUGAGAGCAAACCUUGCGCCAAGUCGGGGAACACUAGUUCUGCCCAUGAAAAUAGGAAAAGCACCAACGAGUGUCUCGCCGAAGGCCUACCCCUCGGAAGCAGUGCAGCUCCAAUUAAUUUGGGACUCUUUCACCGUGAAAUGCCUGUACAUUUUACGUCUGACAUUUCUGCAGUGAGCAGCUGGGAGGAGAAAUUUCGUAUUGCAGUGAGAAAUGUGCAGGAGCUGAAAGCAAGAACCGAAGAGCGUCAGAAAAAAUUGGCAGACGGAAACAUUGAUAAAGUGCCCGAAGCAGAAGGAGAAAAGAAAGAAGAAACAGUUACAAAAACUGCAGAGGAAUCAAAUUUGAAUGCUGACUUCGUGAAAAAGUCACACAGUUUGUACUGGGAUGAGAAGGAUGACGAGAGUAUACAUUUCAGUUGGGGCCAUGAACGUGAACAUUCGAAUACUGGAGCCCAGGUAUCAGAUUUUGACCAGACCACUCGAGAAGAGGGAGAUAACUCGGCCUCCCGUCAGAAGGAUGAGAACAGUUGGAUUUCUUCUGAGUAUGGGAAUGGAAAGGCUGAGGGUAGUCAUGUGGAUGGCAACAGUCACUUUGGUAAAGUUUUUUGUAAUACUGAAGUCAGUAGCACUCCUUCCGAAGUGAUCAAUUCCCUAGAGGAGAGAGACUUCGAGGUAGAUCGGAGCUCUUGUCACGAAAAUAGGGAGGCGUUGAUCAGUCAUGAAAGAUCGCAUGGUUCAACAGUACGAGAAUACAUUCCUCUUGAAAGGUGGAAAGAAAGUAAGAAUGACCAAAUAAAAUUUGAUGAACAAAAUGAGGAUGAUGUCAUCAGUAAUUGUAGAAAAGAAUACAUCAUUCAUACAAAAGACACACAAAACAAGACUAAUAAUCCUCCAGAUUUGUCUGCAGCUGACAGUGGGUUACUGGAAGAUGAAGUAAAACCCAGUUUGAGUGGUGGUGGUGGUGGUGGUAGUGAUUGUGAUGAAGAGGAAGAAAAAACUCUUCAAGAAGUUGCGAAUGUCACUGAUGUAUUUCGUAAAUUAAUAGAAUGUAAAGACAGGGGAGAAAUUACACUAGGUACUGAGUUGGAGCUGUUGGCUGCUGGAAGCCCACAUUCGUCUGAUGAUGAGGAGAUUUUACCUGUUUGUUUUUCUGACAAUCUCUUUAGCCUGCAACACAUUCUCGAGAGAGAGGACACAGACGAAAAGUUGUCUAAUGAUGCCCUCUCAUCGCCUGCACAAAAGAGGGCUAGAGAUUCUCAAGAAGCCAAAGGUGCCCACACAGAGGACACUGCCAUCGACUUCGAAGAGCAGGACAGUAUCUCCUCUCCCAGGAAAAAGGCCCGCACGACUGAAUCAAGGGCUGAAAUGACUUUUAGUGGUAGUGGGGUUCGGGAGCCUAGUAGUGUCGAUGGGGAGGAGCACAAUAAGCCACAGUCUGCCACUCCGAGCAGUACCCACGGGCUCUCGACAGACAUUAAGGCUGACAGUUCGGGUGAAAAGAGUGGAGAGGCAGCUACCGCCACUCGGCACGAUGAACGCAGGAGAGAGAGGAGUCCAGACUCCUACAAGACCCAGGAGGAGAAACACAGGAAGAGCUCCCGCCACCACGAUGACUCUGACAGGCAGAAUCGGAGUGAUGACAAGAGGAGGGAAAACAGAGAUCGGAGGCGGGGAGAGGAACACAGACGAGACAGGAGGGAGAGAGAGCGGAGGAGCUGGCGGCGUGACAGCCGCAGCCGGAGUGCCAGUCCUGCGGACUACCUAUCGUCCAGGAAGCGCCGGGGUUCCGGGUCACCCGACCGCCGGCAUAGAGGUGUGGAGGACAUCCCGCUGCCUGCAGCCCUGCGGCAGCAACGGAGGUCCCAAUAUAGGGCAGACGACGAGCCACCGCCAGCCGCAGAGGCACGGGAGGGAAGGCAGAAGCGUUCCUCCACACUCUCCACUGGUGUUGACCCGAAGCUGUCAUCUGCUAAUAUUACACAGUUGGAACACUUAGCCGGCUACAGCUUCAGUUCAAGAUCAGAAACUAGGACCACACGCGGAAAAAGGCCUCCAUCUCCACCGCCGGCGAGCAAGUCACUGAAAUUUUCACCCAAGCGCCCAUCCCUGGAUGACCGCAUUGAGAUGGAACUGGGUGUUCGCAAGGCAGCACCACCACCACCACAGCAGCAGCAGCAGCAGCAGCAGCCGCAGCAGCAGCCGCAGCAGCCGCCGCCACCUCCACCACCGCAGUCACCGGCCCCUGUCCCACAGUUUCAUCAACAACAGGGACCAUACAAUUUCCCAUUCCCGCCCAACUACUAUGGCCCCCACACUCCUCAAAUUCCCAGUCCGGCUCCUCUGUUCCAGCAAGGCUUCAACCCUCUGCACUGCCAGGGGCGUCCUCAGUUCACCUGUCCCCCGCCACCCAUCGUGCGCUACACCACACCGCCACCGCCUAUCCAGAAUAAGAGGCCGCCAUUGCUGCCUACUCCUACGCAUUUCCGGCCACGGAUGGAGAUGUGGGACACGAGCCCAGAGGCCAUGGCGGCCAUUAUGAGGGGCACGCCUCCUCCACCUCCACCGCCUGCACAACCCCCACCUCCCAUACAACCCCCACCUCCCGUACAACCUCCACCUCCAGUACAACCCCCACCUAUGCAACCUCCACCUCCGGCACAACCUCCUCCUCCUGUACAACCCCCGCAGACACCUCCACAGCAGCACUUUCACAAUUCGCGAGUUGUUCAGGUUGGCAAUGUGUUACAAGUAGUACCAGCAGAACUGCCUCCCCCUCCACCUCCACCACCACCUCAGGAGCCACCACCAUCUACGAUGACGGUACAGUCAGAGAAAACAUUGCAUGUUUGA